AUGGACACAUCUGCGGCUGAUCUGCAAGCCCAGUGGGCUAGCCCCAGCGACGUCACUUCCAUACUCAUGAUAAUCGGGGGCGACGUGGUGCAAAAGGCGCUCGCGCAAGGAACGGGGAAGCUCUACACACCGGUGUGCUUCUCGUUUGGUUGUGUUGCCUAUGCCUUCGUCUCUCUCGUCAGCAUCAUCGGGGACGGUCGUCUGCUACCGCCGCCAGACUACCCCGUCAAAAUAUUCAACCUGGAAUCGGGAUACCAGCGGGAAAACAAGAACUGGGUGGUUGGGCGCAUCCUACGCGACCUUGAGUCGUCCCUGUCACGGUCUGACCCGCUAGGGGAUAACGGCAUACGGAUCUCUGUAUUUGAGGCAGCCUUGAACUCCAACGGCCCGACAUCAUUCUCGUGGGGCUGGAUCCAUGUUGCGGGCGCCUUGAUUACGGUUGUGCAGCUGGCCCUUGCGGUGGUCCCAAUCGCGCUGUACCGUGAAUGGACUGUCAUCAUGAUACUCUUGGCUGGGACAAUGCUGGUGCAGAUCACGGGUUGGCUGCCACAGUGGAGGGCGGAAAAGCUCCCUAAUAGACAGCAUUCAAACGCCAUGUACGCCCUGACAUCUGGGAAUGGAUCUCGAGACGUGAUAGUCAUCUUCGGGAGAGGAAACUGCCUGGACCUCGAGGAGCUGUGCGCAUCAGGAAGCCCUCGCACGAGCAGGCCAUGGGAGAAGUUCAGCCGCCUUUCGGAGCAGAAACUUAGGUACGAUGAGAAGAAGGAGUUGCCGAGGCGGGACACGAUGCUGCGAAAGUCAAUCAAUGCCCAUGGAAUGCCGGUCGGGUUUUGGAUCACAAGAAUCCUGAGCUCAAUGCUCUCUGUGUUUUGGUUGCUGCUUCUCAUUAAUGUCGCCGCAGCAAAACGGCACACCUGGUAUCUGUUCGGUAUUGGUGCUAUCGGCAUGUUCCAGAACGCGUGGCUCGCGGCGACGGAGAGACAACCCAAGAGGCAUAAUCUACCUCUGGUACACAUCGACACUAUCAAGACCCGUAAGGUCAUGGACGGUCUGAUGGACUUCGAGACGGUAUAUGAGCAGGCUGGGCCGUUGCUCACAGAGUUCUUUCCGGGCAAACUUCGUCCGCUCGAAGAGCAAUGGUGGCAUGGGAAGGGAGAGAACGACAAGGACCCCUACGAUGACGAGCGAAUGAAGCACGAACUCGCCCGUGGAACCCCCAAACGCUUUGAAAAGAAUCUCUUCCAACCAUCGCCAGCUUUGAUACAAGGUCGUCUGUCAAUCGAUCGCGAUGAAGAAGGCAAGGUUCAAAGUGAAGGAUUGAACCCAAGACUUAUGGACCAGCGACCAAGUCCAUCCAGGAGCAGAUAG